AUGAUACCUAAUACCUCAAAGCGCACAUUCAACGACUUCUCCGAAGCUAAUAGCACUGGAUCACCUCUAUCGAAUGUCCUUCCUUCCUCCAAGAGAUCCCGCGCCGUGGAGCCAAACAAAGUUCUUUGGGAUCAAAUCUGCAAACUUCCUCCCCAGACAACACAGAAGGUCCUCUACGAAAUAUGCAUGCAGAACCCUACUGCUUCUGCCUUUGUACAAUCUGCAGACACUGCGCGCCUUUCCGAAGAAUCAAAUGAGCCUCCCGUGAUCUUCGAUUCCUAUUCAAAGAGCUGUUGGCACACGCUCAAUACCGAUUAUAAACGGCUAUCGGGCAGCAAGCAAUACGAAGCGAUGGGCGAGAUAUAUUCGAGGCUAUCAAAUAGCAGAGAGGCUAUUAUGAAGAAGGCUGGCCCAGAUACACAGUGGGGGACGAGACGAAAUGCGCUGGAGGUAUUAAGAAAAAUCUGCAAGAGCAUCGUGCUUUGCAAUGAGCAGCAGAUUAGACACGAAAUCCUGAAAGAUGGGUAUGUCCUAAUGGGGUUCACAGAUAGCAUGCUCGAGCUGGCGACGUCUAUGAGCCAGGAGGAGCGAGAUGAAUACAAACAGGAAGGACUUUACGAGAAGUUGGUUGAAUUGCAAAGUGACUGCGAUGACUGGGAGACAGAUAUGGGGGGUCUGGGGGAAAUAUACGAGCUGUUUGAUGGUGUUGAUGAUGGGGAGGGGGAUGAGGAUGAGGAAGAGGAAGAGGAUGAGGAUGAGGCGAGUGAUUCCUCUCAAUCUGUUGUCGAGAUUGCCUCUACCCUCGCUCCUGAGCCAGCGCCGCCACAGCGGAAAAGGGUGUUCAGCGUUAUUGAAUUAUCAUGA